UAUAAGCGAUGAAAUAUUUUGAUGAAGUCCGUAAUUCGUUCAUACUUUUAUUAUAUUUUGUUGAAUUUAUUAUAUCAUUAACAUUCCAUAAUAAAUUAUCGUCCAUCAGUUUACAAUUUAAGCAUUAUAGUAUUCCAAUUUUUCUAUUUAACUCUUUAUCUAAUUUUUUAUUUCGUAUAUAUACAUAAAAUUUUCUUCAUUAUCAUCUUUUAAUUAUAACAUAUAUGUAGAACAUGUGUAAUAUCGUUCUUGUUUUCUCAUCCAUUCGUCACUCACUUCGUCCGAUGAUCUGAAAACUCAAAUCUUCCAAAAGUAGUAUCCGAAAAAAAUGUUUAUGCAAUAGUUAAUUCAAUUACUUUGUUUACGAUAUUAUAUUGGUUUAAUAAUAAAUAAUUCGAGUCAUAUUCAUAUCAAAUUUUUGAAAGGCCGGAAACAACAAUUAAAGUACGUAAUACGAUAAAGAAAUAUUUUAAAGUACAAUUUCGAGAUAGAUAAAAGGAGAUAGUAGAAACAUGAAAAUAGAUUUGAUAUACAUAUGAAUAUGUAAAAUAUUUAAAAAGGGAGAAAGAGAGUUGUUCACGAAAUAAGAAAAUCAUAGACUAGAUCAUAGCUCUUCGGUAUAUUCCUGAUAGAAGAGUCUAAGAUUUUUAAUGAUUUUUUUUCCAAUCUCGAGUAAUACAAUACGAAGAAAAAUGUCCAAGAAAUGUCAAUUUGUAUCGCAUAGGGAUGUUUAAAGGAAUGUGUGUAUAUGUUCACCUACGUGUAUAUAUGUAUGAAUAUAUAUAUACUCUUGUAACGAACCUUAUUCAUUCAUUCCUAAAACAAAAUUGUUUCGUUCUUUUGCUCUUGUAGAAUUCAACCAUUCAUCGUUCUAUUUGAUAUUUCUCCUCUUAAAUCUUUGCAUAUUAUUUAUUGUCAGCCAAUCGAAUACAGUUUCGUAAGGGAGAAAAAAUCAAAGAACUAUCGACCUUCCCUUUUCGAUUACGUGAAUGUAGUUAGUACAAUAAGCGUCCACACGAUGAGAAAGAAAAAUUAUAUAUUGGUUUAUUCAAUUUGUGACGAAUCAUCAUUAAAUUUCAAUUAAGAUAUCCCUACAUUUUUCACCUAAAGAUACAAAGAAUUUUCUUACUCAAAAAAGGAAUGGACGAUGACAUAGCUAGUCUUAAUUACGAUUGCAAUUAUAACCUGUACCUGGCGAAACGCCUGGUCAUUGACAUGAAAAGAUUUCGCGGUAUUCCUUGUCAUCGAUUUACUGAAAAUUUAUCUCCUUAUCUUACUCUAGAUCGACAAAACGCAGUAAAGUGGUUACGUUUCCUGAUGAAGACCAACCAUGAUAUUGCCGCGAUGCGACUUAGAAAUGACUUUAUGCAUUAUUUAGUUUUAAAUCUUCAAGAAAGUCAGUUGAGGCCACCUUUCGACAAACCACCGCCUAGUAUCGAAUGUCUUAUGGAUAUAGCCAAACUCAUAGUCAGUCCUGGCAAAACCGAAGUUAGUGACGAUGGUGUGGACUCGAUGACCAAAUUAGAGGAUCUGAUUGAAGAAAAAUCGAUGAUAAUGUCAUUAUCGCCCGACGACGGUGCUUUCUUGGCUUCUCAACCUGUACCUCAUCAUGGUUCCUUUUGUUAUUUGGCUAUUACUACGAAGAAAAAGGAAAGCUAAGAAAACGAGUCAUCGUUAUUUCAAUUUCUUCGAUAUAUCCUUUCAUUUUAUUCCCCUAUAGCUUGUGUAUCUUCUUAUAGAGUAUAUUUUUAUGUGC